AUGUAUGAAUUUGUUUCACUACCAGCAGGUCUUAAAGAUGAACGAUGGCAAAAUAGUUUCCAUAAUUUUCUAUUUAAAUGUAAUCGAUUUCUUCAUUUCCUACGACAACAAGAACCAAUGACUCAACGUGAUUCAUUUCAGCUUAUAUUCGAGCGAUACCUUGAGAAAGAAGAACAAAUUUUUCAGACUCCUAAUGUGAAUCUAAAUAUGAAUAAACCAAUACGUGAAGGCAAUAGUCAAAAAUUACUUGAAUCGAAUGAAAGACUCACUUCAUCAAGUCUCUCAACAAAUCAAUUAAUUAAUAGCCAUACCACCAGUGAGAGUGAACGUACAUUACAAAACUAUCGACGAGCUCUUGGAUUUUAUCCACGAAAACAACAAACCAAAGUCAAAUCAACACAAACUCAAGUCGAAAGACGUCAUUUAUUUGCAGUAGAGCAUCAGAAUAGUGACAUCAAAAAAUGGAUUUUCAUUGAUGAGACACAGAUCCAAUUGCGUAACACAGGUAAAAUCGUUUGGGUGAAACGUGGAGAACCAACACCUACACAUGAAAUCUCUUCUCUUCGUGCGCAUGUCAACUUAUGGGGUGCAGUUUGGUGGAAUGGCAAAACGUUCGCAAGACACGAUGACUAUAUCAAUCAAACCUUAUAUCAACAUUUAUUAGCUUCUCAUCUUGGUCCACAUGUACAUAAAUGUCGUCGGUAUGCAGUGGCUCAAGAUAAAUUAAGAUCACAUUGGGCAAAACUAGUUCGGCAAUGGUUCAAUGAUCAUGGACUCAAAUUAUUGGACUGGCCACCUCAUUCGCCUGAAUUCAAUGCAAUUGAAAAUGUUUGGCACUCACUCAAAGAAACAGUCAAGACAGCACAGCCAAAAACUCAAGCGGAACUGGAAGUAGCAGUUGAUCAAGCAUGUCAUCUCAUUUCACACGUUUCUACUUUAAUCAAAGAAGAAGCAAGCAACUAA